AUGUCCAGCUUCAACGGCGCCGUCCCGGAGGGCAUGGAGUCCGCGUCGCUGAUCAUGCGCAACUUCCCCAAGUCCUGGAUGGACAGCAAGGGCGGAGACAUCGACUCGAAGCUCCGGAAGCUGCUGGGAACCUUUGGCAUUCUUUCGAGGCUACAGGUCAUCGCAUCUCCAGGUACUGCGACUACCGUGACCGCAACCUUCGCUGAAGCUGCGAUGGCAGAAAAGGCUGUCAAGGCGCUGCAUGGGGUAGACAUGCGAACCGCCAAGCAGAAGAGAGAAGCCGGCGACCGACCGCCAGCCGAGGAGGAGAAGUUCUGGGCGCAGAUCGUCGCCAAGGUUGUCGGUGAGGAGCAGGUGUCCAACGAGCGCACAGCCCAGGAGACCUACUUGCUUGUGGAGGGCUUCCCCACAAGCUGGAGUGAGGCUCAGUUGCGCGCCACCUUCCUCGCCUUCGGCGGUGUCGAAAGAUUAACAUACGUGCCAGACUCGAGGUAUGGACGGGUAGCCAGACUCGUGCUCAAGGAGCCGGAGGAAAUGUCACGAGCCGUGAAGGAGCUCCAUGGCGCGAGAGUCGGAGACGGAGAUGUUGUAGAGGAGUGUGUGCUGAACUGCAAAGUCACGAGUGCAGCUGUGCAACGAAAGGAGGAGGAGGCUCGAAAACGCAGGGAGGAGAAAGAAGCACGAAAACUGUACCGUGCUGACGUUCGGAAGAAGCGCGAGGAAGCUCGUCGCGAAAGAGAGAAGUUGGAGAAGCACGGGAAAGAAUCCAGGGACGAGGCUCCGCAGGAGGAUGACAAUGACGAAGAUGAGGCCGAAGAAGAGGAGGAGCCGCCGAAGGAGCCGAAGCCCAAGCGCAAGCAUGCCGCAAAGAAGGUUGCGGCACGCUUCGAGGAGGACGAGCGUGAACAGGAAGAGCUGCGUCGCAAAGAAGAAGAGGCUGAGCAAAAGAAGAGGGCCGACGAAGAGGAGGCCAAGAAGGCCGCGGCUGCUGCGUACCAGGAAGAGCUUAGACAAAAGGCCAAAGCGGCGGCAGAGAGGAGGGAGAAGGAGCAGCGAGAGAAGGAGCUAGAGCGUCAGAAGCGAGAAGAAAAAAGGAGGAUCUGGGAGCAAGACCGCAUGAGGAGGGAGGAGGAACGGCAGCGGCGGGAGGAGAAGCGGAGGAAAGCUGAAGAGGAGCGGUUGAGGAAAGAAGAGGAAGAGAGGCAGCGGCGCGCGGAAGCGCGAGCCGAAGCUGAGAGAAAGCGGGAAGAGGAGCGCCAGAGAAAGGAAGAAAAGAUGCGCAAGUACGAGGAAAGUCGCAUGAGACGUGAGGAGGUGCGAACUCGGAACGAGAUCCAGCGUGAGCUCUGGGAGGACGAAUGCAUGAAAAGAGAGGAGAAGCUUCAGCGUUGGGCAGAGGAGCAGAUGCGCAUCGCUGCUGAGAAGAAGCGGAAACUCGAAGAAGAGCGGAGGCGGAAGCACGAAGAGGAGAUCCGCAAGUGGGAGGAGAAGAGGAUGAGGCGUGAGGAAGAGAUGCAACGGCGAGCCGAGAAGGCAGCCAAGCUCGCGGCAGAACGCAAGCGCCAGAGAGAGGAGGAAAAGGCCCGUCUGCGCGAGGAAGAGAGAAAGAAAAGGGAGGAGGAAAUGCGAAAGUAUGAGGAAAGUCGAAUGAAGAGGGAAGAAGAGCUACAGCGGUGGUUUAUGAAGGUGCUGGAGGCCCGGGAUGCAGCAGAGCAGCGAAAGCAAGCGCGCGAAGAAGAGAGGAAGCGGAAAGAAGAGAAGAUGAGAAGGUGGGAAGAGGACCGAAUGGCGAGGGAGGAGACGAGACAGCGGCGAGAGGACAAGCGGCGGGUACGCGAAGAGGAACGUCACAGAAAAGAGGAGCAGCGAAAGAAGAAGCGCCACAAGCAUGAUGGUGAUGGCGAUGCUUGGAAGGAAGCCGAUGUGGCUGGCUGGGCGGCGGCCUCCGUCGGGGAGGUCUUUCCAAGCGCAAGACCCAAACAGCGAGCAAAAGCCAGGGAGCCCAGCCCGCCUCUGGAGCCGGAUGACGAGACCGAUCUGGAUAGGCUCCUGGCUGGGACAUUCUUCGAGGCGGCGCCCGCGCCACCCAAGGUGCUGAGUCGAUCAAAAGCUUUGGCGAAGCCUGCUCAAAGAUUCCUGCCCAAGCCGAGUGAGGAGCAGGAGACAGAGCUGGACCGGCUAUGCGCCUCGAGCCCCGAGGCUGGUGCCCCCAGUGCCAGACAGAAGCCGAGGGCCAAACCGCCAGCAUCCAGGACGGAUGGUGAAGAUACGGAACCGCCAUCGGAGGAUGAUGCCACCGAGCCUCCGAGCGAUGAGGCCACCAGCCCCAUCCAGCAAGAGCUGUUUCGUGAUACGCCCUCAGCCCGCCCCUUGCAAAGAUUCCAUUCAGAGUCCUGCGUUCCCACACCCCCGCCGUCCUUCUCGCCCCUCAAGCUCCUUCCCACCCCGGCCCUCCCCGCCCGCGAAAAGACCGACGUUUCAAGGGUCCUAAUGCAUGCCCACACCCCCGCCGCUGAUCUCGCCCCUCGGCAUGUGUGUUAA